AUGGAUUCCUUUGAUUCUGAUAACGUUAAGGAAGAGAAAGAAGAUGCUGUACGGAGAUACAACGUGGAGAGGAUGCUAAGGAAUGGUCUUAGCUUCAUUGGGAUUUUUCUUGUUUUUCUUUUGCUGUCAUGUUCUUCGUUCCCCACUUUGAUUCCCGACACCGUCCGUGUUGUCGGAAACUUUUGUUGCAUUUUCAUCUCCUCUUUUAACAACACUUUAUUCACUUUCGCGGUCGUAAACAUCAUUGUUUUUGCUGUUUAUGUUUUGUCUAGCCAGAAACAACCCACAGGCCAUGAUACUGAUAACUACCAUGAGUACGUUAGCUCUCGACGGAGUCUACCCAUCGUCGUUCAAGAUAAGGAGGAGACGCCGAUGGAGAGAGAAAUCGUUCUGGUGGAAAAUGCAGUUGUUAAAUUUAGUAGUAGUAUAGUUAAUACAAUUACAGACACGAAAAGUUCCGUUUCACCAAUUAAACCGCAACGACCAAAGGAGUACCGAAGAAGUCGAUCAAUGGUUUCGGAAUCGCAAAGCCGACGAGUUCCCCGGGAGUUUCGGAGAUCAGAUACAGAGCCGCCGAGGAAAUCAAUGGAUGAGAUGAGCAGUGAAGAGUUUCAGUUGAUAAUAGAUGGCUUCAUUGCCGAAAAGAAGAAAUGUCUGAUGCUUGAAAGCACUAGAAGGAAAGAAAACUGCACGUCGAUUGCGGUUAAUUAG